UUCAAGUUAGUUUUUCCUUUGAGGCAAUGGAGCCCUGGGGAAGCAAGGAACUUCAGACUGAAGAAGAGACGGGUUUUCCCAUGGCAGAGGUAGACAGAGUUUGAAUUAAAAUAGAAUGUGCUGCAUUAAUUACCAAACUUUAAAUAUUAUAUUGGUUAUCAAGUAAAGUGAGACUUGUAUGCAAGUAGAAUUGUGGUUAGGCACGUAAUUUGUUAGAACUGUUUUUGAAAAGUACUCUAACUAAUUUCUGCAUUCAUCCAUCUUUUAUUCAGUUGCUCAUUGUGAAUAUGACUCUCUUGACUGAAUUGUAUGGAAACUGAUAAAGUAAAAAGACUGCAGCCAGAAAGAUAGGUGCAGUUUUUGUGUGUUGCAAGGUAGAGUUCCACUUCCCAACAUAAGUGUAUGUGAGAACAGAAGGAACCCUAGAGGUGUCAGAGAAGGCAACAGGUUGUCAUUAAACCCCAGAUCUUUUCUCUUACUAGUUUUAGGCUACAGCAUUGAAUCAAGAUGUCUGACUUUUUUCCUCCCGGACAUUGUAAAAUGCUUAACCGUCAACUGCCUUGUCAGGUUCAUGGCUUAUCUCUAUGGUUGUGGGUUGGAUUCAUGCGAAGACUGCUCUGUCUUGCGGGCCAUCCUGCUCUCCUCAGAUUAAGACUUUUUAGGAUUUUGGCAUGCUGCAUUAAGGGUGCUAGAAAAAGUAACUUUGGGUCACAAGCUUAGGUCCUGGUUGGCAGCCCCUUUCCCUUGCAUGUCAGAUGACGAGGGGUUCAUUUCUAAGAACAUACCACUUAAAGGAUGCUCCUGUGACUGAAAUUUAAAAAUACUUUUUCCUGAAAACUGGUACAGUGAUGAAGACGUGAACUCCUUUGAUGCCACUCUCGGGAAAAUAGCGCAAAGCUGUCACCCUAGCGCCCCCCUAAAGAGCACACUUAAUUUUGUCAUGUCAGUGUUGCGGACAACAGCUGAAAAGAACAUCCUUAACGAUUAUACUCUGAUACGUUUAAAUGGAGUGUAAUUCAUUUAAUGUAUUACAAUUAUGGCAGAAAUAUUUGUUUUGUGAACUAUUUUAAGUGCAAAGUAUUCUGACAAAUACAUUCUACAAAUGAACUGACUAUGGCUGGGAAAGAACUGAUUUUUGUAUUCCCAUUUUAUAUAAUCAUAGUGAGGCUUCUUGCCCCUUGCAGAAAGCUAGAUUUCAGUGGGCCACUGUCUUUUCUUUUGUCCUUCCUUUCCUUUUCGUCUUAUAUCUGUCUUUAUUAAUUUCAGAGGUCGUACCAGUGCCAAAGGAUUGUCUCAACCGACGAUAUCUUUGCAAGGCAUAUAUGCAAACAUGCGAAUGGUCCACAUACUCACGUCAGUUGUCGGAUCAAAAUGUGAAGUACAAGUGAAAAAUGGAAAUGUAUAUGAAGGAGUUUUUAAAACGUACAGCCCUAAGUGUGAUUUAGUGCUUGACGUAGCUCAUCGGAAAACUGCAGAAUCCAGUCUGGGGCCAAAGCUAGAAGACAUAAUAGAGAGUAUCUUGUUCAAGUCUUCAGAUUUUGUUAUGGUGCAGUUCAAAGACAUGGAUUCAAAUUAUGCACGAAGAGUUCCUUCAGAAUCAGAUGCUUUUACGGAUCCUGCGAUCAGUGCUAAGGUUAAUGGUGAGCACAAAGAAAAGGACCUGGAGCCAUGGGAUGGUGGAGAAGGCAGCACUGCAGACGAUCUCGAAGCUUUAGAAACGGAUGUGUCCAAUGGAUGGGAUCCAAAUGACAUGUUUCGAUAUAAUGAAGAAAACUACGGUGUCGUGUCCACUUAUGACAGUAGUUUAUCUUCCUAUACGGUACCCCUAGAAAGAGAUAACUCCGAAGAAUUUUUAAAACGGGAAGCCAGAGCAACCCAGUUAGCAGAAGAAAUCGAGUCAAGUGCUCAGUACAAAGCUCGAGCAGCUUUAGAAAAUGACGACCGGUCAGAAGAAGAAAAGUACACCGCUGUUCAGAGGAGUGUGAGCGAGCGAGAGGGCCACGGUAUGGCACCCAGAGAGAACAAGUACAUUCCACCGGGACAGAGGAAUAGAGAAGUCACUUCCUGGGGAAGCGGAAGGCAGAAUUCACCAAGGAUGGGCCAGUCCAGUUCGGGCCCACCACUUUCGAGAUCCGCAUCGCACUCAUCAGACUACAAUUCUAAUUCAGGACCAGACCAAAGAGUCGUUAACGGAGGUGUUCCCUGGCCAUCGCCUUGCCCAUCUCCUUCCUCUCGCCCACCUUCUCGCUACCCGUCAGGUCCCAACUCUCUUCCACCUCGGGCAGCCACCCCUACAAGGCCGCCCUCCAGGCCCCCCUCGCGGCCCUCCAGGCCCCCGUCUCACCCCUCUGCUCCUGGCUCUCCAGCUCCCGUCUCUGCUAUGCCUAAACGCAUGCCUUCGGAAGGACCUCCGCGGAUGUCUCCCAAGGCGCAGCGUCACCCUCGAGGCCACCGAGUUUCUGGAGGAAGGGGUAUGAUUUCGAGCAGCUUAGAAUGUGGUUCUCACAGUGUGCCUGGGGAAGCCGCCAUGCCUUCGCCGGUCCGAGGCAGCCCUUCAGGUGGGACAUGGUCAUCCGUGGUCACGGGGAUUACCCGGUCGUCUCCGAAAGCACACAGACCCCGGUCUCCGAGGCAGAGCAGCACUGGAGGUGUGCCUUCUGGGCCAGCGCUGGCCUCCCCUCAAGCUGGCGCCACUCCAGCCGAGUCUGCAGCCGUGCCUGUCCCGGCGGCCUCUCCUGCCCCUGCCAGUCCUGCCUCCAACAGAGCAGGCACCCCGUCUGCCGAAGCUAAAGAUUCAAGGUUUCAGGACCAGAGGCAGAGUUCUUCUCCUGCUGGAGCCAAGGAGCAUCUGAAGCCAAGUGAAAUGUCUCCCAGUUUUAGCAAACCUGAAUGCAAAGGUGUUUCUCCUGCUGUUCUAGAACACAGAAAACAGAUUGAUGAUUUGAAGAAGUUCAAAAAUGACUUUAGGUUACAGCCAAGUUCCACCCCAGAAACAGUAGAACAGCUGCUAAGCAAAAACAGAGAUAGUGAAAAACCCAGAGAUGUGCCGAAGGAGAAGCCUGACCCCGGCUCUAAAGACUCCGCCGUUGAAGCCAGCAGCAGCGCCACUCCAGCCCGCGGCAGCAGCAAGCCCGGCAGCCCCAGCGUUUCUCCGAGCAGUGUCAGCGCUGAGCAGAAGCGAGGGCCUGAGGUGACCUCCCAGGGUGUGCAGACCUCUGGCCCCGGAGCGAAGCCGGAGAAGGAGGAGGAGGAGGAGAAAAAGGACACCACCGAACAAGUCAGGAAAUCGACGCUGAACCCCAAUGCAAAGGAGUUCAACCCUCGGUCGUUUGCUCAGCCCAAGCCUUCGACGACGCCAACGUCGCCCCGUCCGCAAGCCCAGCCCAGCCCUUCCAUGGUGGGCCAUCCGCAGCCGGCUCCGGUGUACACCCAGCCCGUUUGUUUCGCGCCAAAUAUGAUGUACCCUGUUCCUGUGAGCCCCGGCGUCCAGCCCCUGUACUCCAUUCCCAUGACGCCCAUGCCAGUCAGCCAGGCCAAGACCUACAGAGCAGGUAAAGUCUCCAGCGUGCCUCAGCAGCGGCAGGACCACCCAAACACCAUGAUGCACCCGGCCUCCGCUGCCGGGGCGCCGAUCGUCGCUACGCCGCCGGCCUAUUCGACCCAGUACGUCGCCUACAGUCCUCAGCAGUUCCCCAACCAACCCCUCGUUCAGCACGUGCCACAUUAUCAGUCUCAGCACCCCCACGUUUAUAGCCCCGUCCUGCAGGGCAACGCCAGGAUGAUGGCACCACCGGCACACCCGCAGCCCGGCUUAGUUUCUUCCGCCGCCACGCAGUACGGUGGGCACGAGCAGACACACGCGAUGUAUGCAUGUCCCAAAAUACCCUACAGCAAGGAGACAGGCCCUUCUUUCUACUUUGCCAUCUCCACCGGCUCUCUGGCCCAGCAGUAUGCCCACCCCAGCGCCACGCUGCACCCGCACCCUCCGCACCCGCAGCCGUCGGCCACGCCCACGGGGCAGCAGCAGAGCCAGCACGGAGGGAGCCACCCGGCCCCCAGCCCGGUGCAGCCUCAUCAGCACCAGGCCGCCCAGGCCCUCCACCUGGCGAGCGCCCCCCAGCAGCCCACCCUCUAUCACGCCGGCCUCGCGCCCACCCCUCCCUCCAUGACCCCCGGCUCCAACACGCAGUCUCCGCAGAGCAGCUUCCCUGCUGCACAGCAGACGGUCUUUGCCAUCCACCCCUCCCACGUCCAGCCUGCCUACACCAACCCGCCCCACAUGGCUCACGUCCCCCAGGCUCACGUGCAGUCGGGGAUGGCACCUUCUCACCCGACCGCCCACGCUCCGAUGAUGCUCAUGGCGACGCAGCCGCCGCCGGGGGGGGCCCAGGCCGCCCUCGCGCAAAGUGCCCUGCAGCACAUUCCAGUUUCGACAGCAGCACACUUCCCCUACAUGACGCACCCUUCAGUACAAACCCACCAUCAACAGCAGUUGUAAAACUGCACUGGAGUAACUGUGAGGCUGGAUCCCUCUUUCUUUCUUUCUUUUUUUAGGCCAAAUACCUUCCUCCUUCUGCUUCCACAAACUCGGAAGCACAGAAACAUGACAAAAUGAAAGAAAAAUCUUAGAAUGUCAUUAUUUUGGUUUUUUAAGGGAGAGAGAAAUUGCAUAACAUCCAAUAAGAAUGCUAACAAUUCACCUUUGCAGUGCGAGAAAUUUGGACUGAGACAAAGGCAUGUUAGAAACCCUUGUGGGACAAUUCCAUAAUUCCAUGUGUUGUGUCAAAAAAGCCCUUUUCGCCACCCUUUUCCGCUUGCAGAAAAAAACUGGAAAAGCUAUUUAUUUUUUAAAACAACCCUUCAAAGUUAUGAAUUCAUCAGCUAGAGAAGGAAGUAAUGAGUGAUUCUUGCUGCUAUUCUCACUAAAAUAAAAUAAAUUAAAAAUCAAGACUUUAAAAGAAAUCCCUUUUACUUCUAACUAAACUUGAAAGAGGUUUGGAAAAAAAGCAAAUUCUAAUUGUCAAAAGGAUAUGGAUAUAUUAUUUAUAAAAUCAUGUUUGAUGGGGGGACUGCUGUCAUAAGACAGCAGUGUAACUUUUAAGUUAAGAUGAAACUUUUACUUUGUAGAUAAUAUAAAAUAAAAACUAAAAAAAAAAUAAAAAUAAAAAAAGUUUUAAAAACUGA